AUGUCUUCCAGGUCCGCGAUUCAUCAACUGCGCGCCACCCGUUCCAGAGUGGGUUCUUCCUCACAAGCGAACAGCGUGCUACACGGUUGGACCCCGGAGCCUGAGACCGAACGUGAGCCAGAUCCAUCCGAGGGUCCGCCCCUGAGUGACUUCGCGAGAGGUCUUCCGAGACGAAAUCGUGCUCCUAGUGGACGACGACCGUCAGUGUCAAAGCCUACGGCUACAAAUCGGGAAGAAUCACGCCAGAGAAGGCCGUCCUUGGUAGAAAAAUUGCGUGCUGCGGCUGGCCGACGCCCAUCAGAGACCAAGCCCUCAGCGGUGUUUGGCCAGGGAUCGCGGAAAAGAGGGUCUUCCAAGGAUGCUCCCGUUGGCCGACGACUAUCAAAUGCUUCGUUGAUAGCAGCAAAUGAUGCACCAUCUCGAAAACGAGGGCCUUCCUUGGUCGCCAAAGCCAAGGAGAUGGUAAAUCGCCCUCGCACGAAUACCAACGCCGAACCCUCCUUUCCCCGGCUCACAGACCUGUCUCGUCACGAAAAGUCUGCGAGUGAGAACGAAAAGGUACGUCUCUCAAUCGAAUCUAUGACACGUAGCUUUGAACUUAUCCAGCGUUGGAAGGAGCCGACUGAUUGGCUCAAGCCAUCGAAUUGGUGGAAAAGAAAUCACCCGGCCAUGAACUUUCGUCUCUGGAGGAUCAUACAAAGAAACCCUCUUAACCAUUUUGAGUUGCGGGCCUCCGCGGAAAGGAACGUUGAAGCCGCCAGACUUCUCUACGAGCAGAAGGGCGGGUUCAGCGGGGAGUGGUGGCCAGAAGACCUGGAGGAAGAGAUUUUGGACUCUUGGUCUCUGAGUUUUGGCGGCCGCGAUCCCCCUCGUAGUGAAUGGACGCUGCCAGAGUAG